GAGACUCGAAUUUUGAGCGAGAGUGAGCAGUGGGAAAGUGAGCCUGGAGGGCGCAGACGGACGACUAGCUGUGCUCGAGGGUGCGGAAACAGCAGGGUGGGGGAGUUGGAAUAAUUUUAGGACGUCACUGUGACAAAAUCUGAAUGGGGAACACGGCUGGGCGCGGUGGCUCACGCCUGUAAUCCCAGCACUCUGGGAGGCCGAGGCGGGUGGAUCACGAGGUCAGGAGUUCAAGACCAGCCUGGACAAGAUGGUGAAACGGGGUCUCUACUAAAAAUACAAAAAAAUCAGCGGGUUGCGGUGGGCAGGCGCCUGUAAUCCCAGCUAGUCGGGAAGCUGAGGCACGAGAAUCGCUUGAACCCGGGCGGCAGUUUGCAGCGAGCCGAGAUCGCGCCAGUGCACUCCAGCCUGAGCCACAGACUUCGUCUCAAUAAGAAAACAACAGUGCGGGAGAAAGAAAACAGGACAGCCAGCUGGCAAGAAAAGUCAACACCGCCCUGCAUUUACCUUAAAAGUAGAGAUCACAAAAACAGCAACUCCAACUUUCACAAACGCAAAUCGCCAAACAGGGGUUCGGCAGAGUUUGCAGCGAGCCGAGAUCACGCCAGUGCACUCCAGCCUGAGCGACAAACUUCGUCUCAAAAAGAAAACAGUGCGAGAGAAAGAAAACACGACAGCCAGCUGGCAAGAGAAGUCAACACCGCCCUGCAUUUACCUUAAAAUUAGACAUCACGAAAUCAGCAACUCCAAGCUUCACAAACGCAAAUCGCUAAACAGGUAACAAACUCGCACCUGCUUUGGAGUGUCAGCUGGUGAAAUACUUCUCCAUCUCUCAUUUGGGGAAUUAGCGAACAACUACUUUCGGAUUUCCCAAAACCAAACAGACACACAUAAAAAACCAAAUAAAUACCUGUUUUUUUAACUGGAAGAAAAUUCAGUCUCCGCAGAGACUGUCAAAAAUUGCCAGCGCCGACUAUAUUGCAAGUCGUCAUGGCGGGGUAUUGGGAAAAGUUUUCAAUUAGCAAUAAUCGCGCCUCGGAUAGACCUCAUUGGCUACGAUACUGCCACUGCGCAAAGCUAACUUACUACGCCCCCUGCUCAUCACUCCCGAUAAGCCAGCUUCCUAUUUCGGAAAGAAUGAAGAUGAGCUUUGUGUUGACUUUCAGGUCAGCAAAAGGCCGUUGGAUCGCAAACCCCAGCCAGCCGUGCUCGAAAGCCUCCAUUGGGUUAUUUGUGCCAGCAAGUCCUCCUUUGGACCCUGAGAAGGUCAAAGAGUUACAGCGCUUCAUCACCCUUUCCAAGAGACUCCUUGUGAUGACCGGGGCAGGAAUCUCCACCGAAUCGGGGAUACCAGACUACAGGUCAGAAAAAGUGGGGCUUUAUGCCCGCACUGACCGCAGGCCCAUCCAGCAUGGCGAUUUUGUCCGGAGUGCCCCAAUCCGCCAGCGGUACUGGGCGAGAAACUUCGUAGGCUGGCCUCAAUUCUCCUCCCACCAGCCUAACCCUGCACACUGGGCUUUGAGCACCUGGGAGAAACUCGGAAAGCUGUACUGGUUGGUGACCCAAAAUGUGGACGCUUUGCACACCAAGGCGGGGAGUCGGCGCCUGACAGAGCUCCAUGGAUGCAUGGACAGGGUCCUGUGCUUGGAUUGUGGGGAACAGACUCCCCGGGGGGUGCUGCAAGAGCGUUUCCAAGUCCUGAACCCCACCUGGAGUGCUGAGGCCCAUGGCCUGGCUCCUGAUGGUGACGUCUUUCUCUCAGAGGAGCAAGUCCAGAGCUUUCAGGUCCCAACCUGCGUUCAAUGUGGAGGCCGUCUGAAACCAGAUGUCGUUUUCUUCGGGGACACAGUGAACCCUGACAAGGUUGAUUUUGUGCACAAGCGUGUAAAAGAAGCCGACUCCCUCUUGGUGGUGGGAUCAUCCUUGCAGGUAUACUCCGGUUACAGGUUUAUCCUCACUGCCUGGGAGAAGAAGCUCCCGAUUGCAAUACUGAACAUUGGGCCCACACGGUCGGAUGACUUGGCGUGUCUGAAACUGAAUUCUCGUUGUGGAGAGUUGCUGCCUUUGAUAGACCCAUGCUGACCACAGCCUGAUAUUCCAGAACCUGGAACAGGGACUUUCACUUGAAUCUUGCUGCUAAACAUAAAUGCCUUCUCAAAUGACAGAUUCCAGUUCCCAUUCAACAGAGUAGGGUGCACUGACAAAGUAUAGAAGGUUCUAGGUAUCUUAAUGUGUGGAUAUUCUUUUUUUUUUUUUUUACAAUAAGAUAUGAUUUCACAAGAAAAAAGAGUUGUCAAAUGAAGCUACCUUUACAGCUUGGAGUGUACCAUUUAGAAAUAAAAUUGAUCAUUAAUUUGCCUUUUU